UAACGUAAUACUAGAGGUCCGCUGUAAGGUAACAUAAUACUAGAGGUCUGCUGUAAGGUAACGUAAUACUAGAGGUCUGCUGUAAGGUAACAUAAUACUAGAGGUCUGCUGUAACAUAAUACUAGAGGUCUGCUGUAACAUAAUACUAGAGGUCUGCUGUAAGGUAACAUAAUACUAGAUGUCUGCUGUAAGGUAACGUAAUACUAGAGGUCUGCUGUAAGGUAACAUAAUACUAGAGGUCUGCUGUAAGGUAACGUAAUACUAGAGGUCUGCUGUAAGGUAACGUAAUACUAGAGGUCUGCUGUAAGGUAACGUAAUACUAGAGGUCCGCUGUAAGGUAACAUAAUACUAGAGGUCUGCUGUAAGGUAACGUAAUACUAGAGGUCUGCUGUAAGGUAACAUAAUACUAGAGGUCUGCUGUAAGGUAACGUAAUACUAGAGGUCCGCUGUAAGGUAACGUAAUACUAGAGGUCCGCUGUAAAGUAACGUAAUACUAGAGGUCUGCAGUAAGGUAACGUAAUACUAGAGGUCUGCUGUAAGGUAACGUAAUACUAGAGGUCUGCUGUAAGGUAACGUAAUACUAGAGGUCUGCUGUAAGGUAACGUAAUACUAGAGGUCUGCUGUAAGGUAACAUAAUACUAGAGGUCUGCUGUAAGGUAACAUAAUACUAGAGGUCUGCUGUAAGGUAACGUAAUACUAGAGGUCUGCUGUAAGGUAACGUAAUACUAGAGGUCCGCUGUAAGGUAACAUAAUACUAGAGGUCUGCUGUAACAUAAUACUAUAGAUCUGCUGUAAGGUAACAUAAUACUAGAGGUCUGCUGUAACAUAAUACUAGAGGUCUGCUGUAAGAUAACAUAAUACUAGAGGUCUGCUGUAACAUAAUACUAGAGGUCUGCUGUAACAUAAUACUAGAGGUCUGCUGUAAGGUAACAUAAUACUAGAUGUCUGCUGUAAGGUAACAUAAUACUAGAGGUCUGCUGUAAGGUAACAUAAUACUAGAGGUCUGCUGUAAGGUAACGUAAUACUAGAGGUCUGCUGUAAGGUAACGUAAUACUAGAUGUCUGCUGUAAGGUAACGUAAUACUAGAGGUCUGCUGUAAGGUAACGUAAUACUAGAGGUCUGCUGUAAGGUAACGUAAUACUAGAGGUCUGCUGUAAGGUAACGUAAUACUAGAGGUCCGCUGUAAGGUAACGUAAUACUAGAGGUCCGCUGUAAGGUAACGUAAUACUAGAGGUCCGCUGUAAGGUAACGUAAUACUAGAGGUCCGCUGUAAGGUAACAUAAUACUAGAGGUCCGCUGUAAGGUAACGUAAUACUAGAGGUCUGCUGUAAGGUAACGUAAUACUAGAGGUCCGCUGUAAGGUAACGUAAUACUAGAGGUCUGCUGUAAGGUAACGUAAUACUAGAGGUCUGCUGUAAGGUAACGUAAUACUAGAGGUCUGCUGUAAGGUAACAUAAUACUAGAGGUCUGCUGUAACAUAAUACUAUAGAUCUGCUGUAAGGUAACAUAAUACUAGAGGUCUGCUGUAAGGUAACAUAAUACUAGAGGUCUGCUGUAACAUAAUACUAGAGGUCUGCUGUAACAUAAUACUAGAGGUCUGCUGUAAGGUAACGUAAUACUAGAGGUCUGCUGUAAGGUAACAUAAUACUAGAGGUCCGCUGUAAGGUAACAUAAUACUAGAGGUCUGCUGUAAGGUAACAUAAUACUAGAGGUCUGCUGUAAGGUAACAUAAUACUAGAUGUCUGCUGUAAGGUAACGUAAUACUAGAGGUCCGCUGUAAGGUAACAUAAUACUAGAGGUCUGCUGUAAGGUAACAUAAUACUAGAGGUCUGCUGUAAGGUAACAUAAUACUAGAGGUCUGCUGUAAGGUAACAUAAUACUAGAGGUCUGCUGUAAGGUAACAUAAUACUAGAGGUCUGCUGUAAGGUAACAUAAUACUAGAGGUCUGCUGUAAGGUAACAUAAUACUAGAGGUCUGCUGUAAGGUAACAUAAUACUAGAGGUCUGCUGUAAGGUAACAUAAUACUAGAGGUCUGCUGUAAGGUAACAUAAUACUAGAGGUCUGCUGUAAGGUAACAUAAUACUAGAGGUCUGCUGUAAGGUAACGUAAUACUAGAGGUCUGCUGUAAGGUAACGUAAUACUAGAUGUCUGCUGUAAGGUAACGUAAUACUAGAGGUCUGCUGUAAGGUAACGUAAUACUAGAGGUCUGCUGUAAGGUAACGUAAUACUAGAGGUCCGCUGUAAGGUAACGUAAUACUAGAGGUCUGCUGUAAGGUAACGUAAUACUAGAGGUCCGCUGUAAGGUAACGUAAUACUAGAGGUCUGCUGUAAGGUAACGUAAUACUAGAGGUCUGCUGUAAGGUAACGUAAUACUAGAGGUCCGCUGUAAGGUAACGUAAUACUAGAUGUCUGCUGUAAGGUAACGUAAUACUAGAGGUCUGCUGUAAGGUAACGUAAUACUAGAGGUCCGCUGUAAGGUAACAUAAUACUAGAGGUCUGCUGUAAGGUAACGUAAUACUAGAGGUCUGCUGUAAGGUAACGUAAUACUAGAGGUCCGCUGUAAGGUAACGUAAUACUAGAGGUCCGCUGUAAGGUAACGUAAUACUAGAGGUCCGCUGUAAGGUAACGUAAUACUAGAGGUCUGCUGUAAGGUAACGUAAUACUAGAGGUCCGCUGUAAGGUAACGUAAUACUAGAGGUCUGCUGUAAGGUAACGUAAUACUAGAGGUCCGCUGUAAGGUAACGUAAUACUAGAGGUCCGCUGUAAGGUAACGUAAUACUAGAGGUCCGCUGUAAAGUAACGUAAUACUAGAGGUCUGCAGUAAGGUAACGUAAUACUAGAGGUCUGCUGUAAGGUAACAUAAUACUAGAGGUCUGCUGUAAGGUAACGUAAUACUAGAGGUCCGCUGUAAGGUAACGUAAUACUAGAGGUCUGCUGUAAAGUAACGUAAUACUAGAGGUCUGCAGUAAGGUAACGUAAUACUAGAGGUCUGCUGUAAGGUAACAUAAUACUAGAGGUCUGCUGUAAGGUAACGUAAUACUAGAGGUCUGCUGUAAGGUAACGUAAUACUAGAGGUCUGCUGUAAGGUAACGUAAUACUAGAGGUCCGCUGUAAGGUAACAUAAUACUAGAGGUCUGCUGUAACAUAAUACUAGAGGUCUGCAGUAAGGUAACAUAGUACUAGAGGUCUGCUGUAAGGUGGCCUAGUUGUAAUGUGAUUGUGAUGGUGUGUCUUCCUCAUCUCUGCUACAGCCUCACACAGCACUCCCACUCUGCUCUCACCACCGUGACACAGCGCUUUACCCAAUUAUCUGCCACACUGCACCAUCAUCUAACACCUGUGGUGCUAGCCAGGGAGGUAACCGUGUGGUGUGGUCGACCCCACCGUGUGGUUGUGUUGCUUUCCGUUUGAGCCAGUCUGACCUGAAGAUGCAUGUGUGCAGUCUGUUAACGUAUCUAGUUGGUGAUGGGUUGUGGGUAGAUUUCCCUCCUAUACCAACACGGUGCAGUCUAUCAUCAAGUAACUAAUGCAUGGAUUUUUAAGAUAUAAUUUUUUUUGAAGUUGCUUGGCAAGUCGUUCAUCUUUCGAGAGUUGAGCGUACAAGUGGAUGUUGAAGCCAACAUGGCCCUUUCGCUUAAGAAUGGUGUUUUUAUCAUGUUAAGUGGAUAUGCAAACUGUAAAUCUGUACUAAAGACUAAUUUGCAGAGUGAGUAAGGGAGAAACGUCACCUUGCAGAUCUUUCUGUUUUGGUUACAUUUCGCCCCAAAGCUGUUGGUGAAACUGAAAGCCUCAUAGAAGUCAGCUUGGGUUGACUGGCUGGUUAUUCUCCUCUUCACGAAGUAGAUGUUGAUAUUUGUUUCAAAUUGCAUUUUCUAAAUGUCUAUCUUUUUUAGUUUUCUUUGACAUUGAACUGUUUCCACCGCCAGAGAUGUGCACGGUUUGAUUUCUAUGAUGAUUUCAGUUUGGAGGUUUGAUUGGUUGUGGAGUGAUUCUCACAUCGUAAGUUUACACCCACAAGAUACAGUUAGCCUAUAUAAGGUCCUAUGUUAGGCCCUAAGUUCACUCUCAAACGUGGCUCAUACUGCAGCCCUAGUGUUAUCACAACCUAAUUCACCAUUCAUCUACACACUUUAUUAGACUAUCUUAUCUACAAUCCUGCUUCUCUUGUGGUUUAAACUUUAUUUUUUACUAAAAAUACAUUUUAAUUUGUAUGACAAAUGUUUUUCUUCCAUUGGUUACAAAGUGAUUUUGCACUGUAUGGAUCCCAUUUCAUUUCAUUGUGUUUCCGUUGUGGUGUUUUCUUGUUUUCAUCCUAUAGGUGUUCAUACACAUGUUUCUGGCUGCCCCUCUUUUUGUUCCUGCUGCAUGUGUUUACUUCUUGUUAGUUGCAUGCACCGUCUGUCUCCACGCUGUCUGUCUGUCUCUGUCUGUCUGUCUCGACGCUGUCUGUCUGUCUCGACGCUGUCUGUCUGUCUCGACCAGGCCUGGGCAAUUCCAGUCCUAGGGGGCCUGACUGGUGUCACACUUUCCCCCAUCCCUAGCAAACACAGCUGAUUUAAACUAAUAGCAUUCAAAACUGAAGAUCAUGUUUAUGUGAUUAUUGGAGUCAGGUGUGUUAGCUGGGACUGAGGUCAAAGUGUGCCACCAAUCAGACCCCGGGGACUGGAGUUGCCCAGGCCUGGUCUAGACGCUGUCUGUCUCAUCUUCCAAUAGGCCUGCCUUGGUCUUCAGCUCGCCACCGCCCCCCUAUGGAUGGCUAUGCAUAGGCUCCACUCAAAUCAGCAGUCUGUUUUGAGCAUUGGGAAGUAUGGGAACUAGGCUAGUGCUUGUGGUUUGAGUGUGUGUGUGUGUGUGUGUGUGUGGUUUAUGAUGUGCAGGGUUUGGAUGGCUCGUGGUGGCUCACCAUUGCAGGGUUGACAUUUCAUUGUGCUUGUAUAUGCUUGUACAAUAGAGGGUGUGUUUUGUGACAGUGUAGGUUACUGUAUGUAUUGGUAUGGUUUGGGAGGGUUACAAUGGUUCCUACUAAGUUUACAAUGGCUUCUGGGGUCCCAGGCAUGCCUGUUAUAACACUAUUGUGUUACAUGGUAACUCCUUUGUCAAUGCCUGUUUAACCUUGGGAGAAUUAACACACCAGAAAUGGCAUGCCACUAAUACAGAAGUUAUUGAAGGCGGUCACACCCACAUUGUCUAGCUGAGAUACUGUAGUAUUUAACACCUAAUUGGUUUGAAUCUUCGCUGUUUUUGAUUUACCCCAUAUAUAAAAUAAAUAUAUAAUGUAAUGACUCAAAGUAGCCUAUUUCAACAAAUUCGGAGAGCAACCUGAAUAUAAAGUAUUUUCUAACCCUGUAUCUCCAUCAGUUUUAAGAUUGAAGCCUUUCUUUUAUUUGGCUGACAUGUUGCCAACUCAGCCAUCGCAUUGGACAAGAUGUUUUAGCUGCAAGGUGUGGUGUGUGUGACCAAGAGGCUGCAAGGUGUGGGGUGCGUUCUGCUGUGGUGUCAUGUCCCGGUGUGUGUGGGGUUGGCGUUGAACUGCCCUACUGUGUGCACGUGUGUGUGUGUGUGUACAAGGUUACAUGAUGUGGGCGCAUAUCUGUUGGCUGACGAGGAGUGCAGUCUGAUCCAGCAGGUUCACGCCGUCAAUAAUGUAGAGGAGUCUAUCUUCAUGGAGUCUUCUGUCCAGUCCUAUGAGCCCCAGGCCAGGCACAUGGCUCAGGCAGACCUGAAGAGCUCUACGUUUUGGCUAAGGGCAAGCGUGGGGGCAACUGUGUUUGCAGUCCUGGGCUUCGCUAUGUACAGAGCUAUCCUCAAACAACGAUGAUCAAGAUAGACACAGGAUGCAUGAGAUGACCCUUGACCCGCCCCCCACCGCCUAGUCUCUCCCCUUUGACCCCUCACCCCCUCCCUGAAAGAAAACAUGACCUCCAACAUCCCACAAUCCUCUUCCCCCCUUCCCCCUAAAAGAGACAACUACUGAAUGAAACAGAACUUCCAGCCCAUCUGAACCAGCCCUGAUCCCACAUCCACCCUACCGGAGAGGGAACAAACCAGAGAAACCACAUCCACCCUACCGGAGAGAGAACAAACCAGAGAAACCACAUCCACCCUACCGGAGAGGGAACAAACCAGAGAAACCACAUCCACCCUACCGGAGAGAGAACAAACCAGAGAAACCACAUCCACCCUACCGGAGAGAGAACAAACCAGAGAAACCACAUCCACCCUACCGGAGAGGGAACAAACCAGAGAAACCACAUCCACCCUACCGGAGAGGGAACAAACCAGAGAAACCACAUCCACCCUACCGGAGAGGGAACAAACCAGAGAAACCACAUCCACCCUACCGGAGAGGGAACAAACCAGAGAAACCACAUCCACCCUACCGGAGAGGGAACAAACCAGAGAAACCACAUCCACCCUACCGGAGAGGGAACAAACCAGAGAAACCACAUCCACCCUACCGGAGAGGGAACAAACCAGAGAAACCACAUCCACCCUACCGGAGAGGGAACAAACCAGAGAAACCACAUCCACCCUACCGGAGAGGGAACAAACCAGAGAAACCACAUCCACCCUACCAGAGAGGGAACAAACCAGAGAAACCACAUCCACCCUACCGGAGAGGGAACAAACCAGAGAUUGAUUUUAUAUAUUUGAAACAGAAAAAAGCGAGUCAUCUUUUGCAAACUGUGUUUUGUUUUUCUUGGGGGUUUUCUUUGGGGGGGAAAUGUCACCACAAACUCACAUUGUGUAUAUUGAACACCAUCUAAUCAAUCUACUGCAGGCAUUCUGGUAUCGUCUGAUCUGGUCUAGUCGUGGGUUUUUUCUUCUCCAGGUCAGAGGGUAGUAGUUGCUGGUUGUUUUGAAAUCUGUGUAGAACCCGGCCUUUUUUCUCAGGUCAGUAUUAUAGCUAGCUGGUUUGACCCCCAGAGCCCGAGAAAGCAAAGAAGGCAGCCGCAUACAACUCACUACAAAAGGGACUGAAAAUAUUUGUUUAUAGAUGUGUGUGUAUAUAUAAACAUAUAUAUAUUUGCUCGGGUACUUAGAGAAAUACCCAACCAGAUUACGGCGUGAACAAAGCUUGCCAGUGAAUAAAGUGAGCCUACAGGAAUAGCUGCAAAGUCAAAGCCAUUUUUAACGUUGAAAAGGUCAUGGGUUUCGCGCACGCGUUUCAAUUGCUAUUAAUUUAUUAACCUGUAUUCUUUGGUUUAUCUGUUUGGAAUGGUUUGUUCAGCAUUGCACGAAACAGACACACUUCAAGAGGAUAAUGCAUUUAUUUUCCAUGUGUUUUUGUAUAUCUAGUAUUAUCAAAGCCGUUAAUAAUGACAUCCAUCAUUCACUUACUCUGAAAGACAAGACGACAACAUUAUCAUGUCUGUAUCUGCUUUUUCCUCGACUUGUUUUUUUUCUUCUUCCUGUUAUUAAAAUAGCUUUUUUCCUUUCAUAUUAUGAUUAUAUUUUUAUGUUCAACUAUUAUGCCUACAGAUUACACUGUUAUUAACAGCCAUGCAGUGUACCUCUGACUCCCUCCUUGAACCAUGGACGGAACUGUUUAUUCUCAUCAUUGACUUUUCCAAAAUUUACAAUAAAGAACUGUGUGAUCUGAUACAGGUGUCUGCAAUAUGAUUAGGUCCAUUCAUAUAACAUACACAUCAUCCCCCCAAACUGUUCCCUGUCUUUUAGCAGUGUGUCAGAGCAGUGUGUAAUAUUAAUAUGAUUAGAUCCAUUCAUAUAACAUACACAUCAUCCCCCCAAACUGUUCCCUGUCUUUUAGCAGUGUGUAAUAUUAAUAUGAUUUGAUCCAUUCAUAUAACAUACACAUCAUCCCCCCCCAAACUGUUCCCUGUCUUUUAGCAGUGUGUCAGAACAGUGUGUAAUAUUAAUAUGAUUAGAUCCAUUCAUAUAACAUACACAUCAUCCCCCCAAACUGUUCCCUGUCUAUUAGCAGUGUCAGAGCAGUGUGUAAUAUUAAUAUGAUUAGAUCCAUUCAUAUAACAUACACAUCAUCCCCCCCCAAACUGUUCCCUGUCUUUUAGCAGUGUCAGAACAGUGUGUAAUAUUAAUAUGAUUAGAUCCAUUCAUAUAACAUACACAUCAUCCCCCCAAACUGUUCCCUGUCUUUUAGCAGUGUGUCAGAACAGUGUGUAAUAUUAAUAUGAUUAGAUCCAUUCAUAUAACAUACACAUCAUCCCCUCAAACUGUUCCCUGUCUUUUAGCAGUGUGUCAGAACAGUGUGUACGGUUGAAGUCAUCUGAUUUCUUCAAAUCCACCAUACUUACAUUUUCAUUGUACAACAUGUCACUUAAAGUGUAGCCUGCUUUUACUAACAUUGAAUCCUUUGAAGAAUAAUGUACUCUUCAUUGAGCUCAAAAUUCUCAGUGGACAAACACCUAAAAUGUGGGUUCAUAUAAUGGCUAGGCAGGCGCGUAUAGUUCAACACACACAUAGUCAACGUCAACGUGACCUUAAUAUCCCAAACGUUUCUAUACCGAGUGACUGCAAACAAGGGACAAACAAGCCUUUUGUGGGUCAGAAUGGAGAAGUGGGCAGGUGAUGGAGACAGUGAUAUCCCAGUUCUCAGUGAAAGGGGGAAGUCACCCGUCGACUAGUGAUACUGAACAACAACUAAUAACAGGAUUUAGUAUAAGUGUUAACUUCUGAAACGAUGUCAACGGACAGGCAACAGCUGCUUUUCGAGGGCUUCUUGAAGAAAAGGAAAGAUACAAUGAAAAUGAAGUGGUCAACCUAUUGGUUCAGGCUCCAAAACACAACAUUAUUCUUCUACACUAAGAAACAUGGGAGUGCUUCACACCUAAGAGGCCUGUACUACAUCUACACUGUCCAGUCUGUGCGUGAGAUCCAGAGGGAGAAGCGGAAGCACUACGUGUUUGAAAUCACCAUGAAGAAUGGGAAGAGGAAAGUACUGGCUGCAGAGACAGGUGAUCUGAGGAGGGAGUGGAUUGGCCAGCUGUGGAGGGCCAUGCAUCUCUCAGGCCCAGGGGGCACAGACCCAGGCUGCAUACGACAGCAGGAUGUGAGGUCUGAUGACCUGAAGGUCAGAGGUUGCUUCAGCACCUAUAACAGCUCAGAAUGUGACAGCAUGGCGGAACCACUGGGGGUUCAUCGACCCCUCUCUGCACCCCUCAACCCCUCCACCCCUGACAAAGACCUAGACCAGGGGGACAGGAGUACCCACUGCCUCUCUGGCCCCCUCACCCCUGACCAAAAUCUGGAGCACAGGGCUACCCUCUCUCUCUCCCUCACUGACGAGCUCAGUAGGGAGGAAGCCAUAUGCCAGAACACCAUCUCACAUUAUGGAGAGGAGGAUGAGGACAGUGUCCAUAGAUUUAGAAGGAGAUGUGAGGAGGAGAGAGAUGAAGAAGAGGAGGAAGAGUGUAAGGAGGAAGAGGAUCAGUAUGACUUUCUACCAGCCCCCCGGAACUCUGUGUAUCACAUCAACCAAUCAGAUGAAGACUUGACUGAUGGAGAGGACCUCUAUGACUUCCCACUGUCCAAUAAGAGGGCAAGUGACCGCCAAGAUUAUAGCGAGAUGACAGAGAGCAUCUAUGACGUCCCCAGUUCCCUAAUGAGGAGAAUGUCUGAACACACACUUGCAGAGCCUUACCCUGGAGGUGAGAUACUGGUGGAGGACAGGGGCCUCCUGGAUGACAUGAUGGCCAGUCUGGAUGGAGGGACGGUGGGCUGGAUAACAGGUGCUUCUACUGGCUCUGUGGAGCCCUAUGGGCUGGCUCAUCAUGGCUCUUAGGACUGGUAUAUAGUAUAGACUCUGGAUAAUAUAGACUGAAUGAGUUUUCCUCAUUCAAAUUGUUCUAUAAAGCUUGACGCAUUCUGUUAGAGAUUUAAAUAUGUUUACAUUUUAUGAAAAAAAUCUCAUUUGUUAUGAUAUUCUAUUCUAUUGACUUCUCUUUUAAUACAAUCUACUGUCAAGGAAAUACCAUAUUAAAUAACCAACUUUAUACUGUCAAAGUGUUCCACUUAGUAUAUAAUGUGAGGAGAGAGGUACUAUAGUAUUCAGGCAGACCCUAUCCUUCUUUUUUAGGAGGUAGAUCAGCUUCAAUACAUUGUGGCUUCUAUCAAUGUAAUUGUCUGCAUCAUUUCCAAUCCCCCAUGUAUUUUUUUUGUAAAUAUAUACAGUAUAUAUUAUUUUAAAUAUAUAUAUAUUUUAAAUAUAUUUUGCUUCUUUAUUAUUUUCCCCUAACACAACAAUACUUAGGCUUCCACUUCCAGGUUAUACAUACUACAUACAUUUAAUGGAAAAUAUAUUUUACAUUAGUUAUCUUCUGUUUGUUUUUAGUCCCAGCCUUUAGCUACCCUCAACCCCUCCCAUCUAUCUCUGAAGACCAUCCAAUUUAGAUUUUUUUAUUUCACCUUUAUUUAACCAGGUAGGCUAGUUGAGAACAAGUUCUCAUUUGCAACUGUGACCUGGCCAAGAUAAAGCAAAGCAGUUCGACACAUACAACAACACAGAGUUACGCAUGGAAUAAACAAACAUACCAUCAAUAAUGUAGUAAUACAAUACAUUUCUGGCUGCCAUAUAUUUUUCAACUGUGCUGUGAUGUUUCACAAAAGUUCUGAACCUUUCUAUUCUCAUAGUUUCUACAGAUUGUAAAUGAAAGAAAAACACCUUUGCUAAGAUUAUUAUUAUAUUAUUGAUCGAUUGACUAUGACUUUUCAAAUCACCCAGCAGUGCUAUUUGCAGAGUUGGCUCCAAGUAAAUUUGGCAAUUUUUCUGCCAUUUCUGAACCUGCGACCAAAAACAAGCUACAUAUGGACAGCACCAAAACAAAUGAUCCAAUUAUUCUGUCUCUUUGCAGCAAAAUCUGCAGAGCUGGGAUGGUUGUAGCCCCAUAUAUAUAACAUUCUAUUGGUUGCAAGAAUGUUAUAUAAUAUUUUAAAUGGAAAAACUCCGGCGUCGUUUUUUGGUCCUUAAAUGAAACUGGUAUACUUUGUUAUUUAUCACAAUUUUCUUUCGAAAAAUGUUGUUAUUUAAUGCAAGGCCGACAGACAAGUUCCUUACCUUCUCCCCUUUCCACUUGUCCAUUUUUGUGGUAAUGCUGCAAUCAGUUGGUUGUAAUUUUGGAUAGAGCGGACAAUUCCAUAUAUUUUUGUUAACUGCAUGUAUGAAAUAACUCCACCAGUCCUAUUUCUGAUAUAAUUUACAAAGAUUAUACUGUCUUUUUUUUAAAAUCAAUUAGUAUAUUUGAUUUCAACCAUAAUAUUUUUUCUAAUAUUUGUUCGGUCUUUUCUGGUGGAUUAAACUGAAAUUGCAACCAGCUUUCUACUGCUUGUUUUAAAAAUAGCGAUAUUUUGGAGAUGAUUUCAUUUUCAAAUAACCGAAAGUGAGAGGUUGUAAUCUGAAUGAAGGUAAAAAGGCCAUUCUUGAACACGGGGUGAUUCACUCUUACUAAUCUACUAGAGCAGGUAUUCUCAGACUGGGGUACUAUGCGCAAUGCCGUUGGGGGUACGCCAAAUAAAAAUGUGAUUCACAUAAUUUUGUAAAACAUUUUGUUUGUUAUAAUUACAAUAAAAAAAUGUAAAAAAUUA